AAAAUUCCCAAUUCCAGUUUUCCAGACAAAGCUCAAACCACUGGCUCCAUUUUUGAACUUGGCGGGUUGCCUGAUUUAUACCUUUGAAAAUCAAAACCCUAAAUCCUGUGCAUCCCAUGCAAAUGCCAGACAUGAAAGCCUUAAAAUCAUUUUGCACUCACAGUAAUCUAAUAUUCUUAAAACCAACCGAAACCCAAAAGCCUCUCUGCUUAUUUCCCCGCCAUUUUCACGCCACUGCCGGUCGUUUCUGCGACACCAAGUCCGAUUUAGCCGUUAAAUCCUCCAUAACGGAGCCUGACUCUACCGAGACCGGGAAUAGUGAACAUGCAGGUCAAUGUUGGAGUGUUUAUAAUCCACUGGUAGCAAGGAUGAUAACGCAGAGGAGCAUAAAGAAGAGCGAUGAGCAAGACUUGGAGCCAAAGGAAAUUGGGGAUUCCGAGAGAAAUUUGAUCGAAGGGAACAAAACUGAUUCAGGUUCAUUGAGUUUGGACAAAGAAAUCAAUAAUUUUUCAAAGGAAAAUGGUUACAGUGGUCUGAAGAAGGAGAAUUUGAGUGAUAGAGACAAAACCCGGAUGAGGCUAUCGCGUUAUAGCAACGAAAAUGAGGAUGCGAUGACCCAAAAGAGAUAUGGAUGUGCAAAGAAGGCUGACGCGGUUAACGGGUUGGGGCCUGGGAUUUUUUUGGGAAACAGAAAGAAGGGAAAGAGUAAAACUAUUUAUGUUUGCAACAAUUGUGGGUAUGAAGAUGGGCAAUGGUGGGGUAUUUGUCGAGAAUGUCACCAGGCAGGGACAAUGAAGCAGUUUUCAGAUAAGGGUACCGAUAGUGGGACUAAGAUGAGUGGGAUUCAGGUUUCUGAAAGUGCAGUGCGGUCCUGGCUACCAGUGAAGGAUGGCGAGGCACAUCCAGUGCGGCUGACGGAGGUGAAUCAGAGAAUGAAUCAGUCAGAUUGGAGGAUUCCAUUGACUGGACUCUUUGGAAAUGAAGUUGCUAGGGUGCUUGGCGGUGGUCUUGUUCCAGGUUCUUUAAUUUUGAUUGGUGGUGAUCCGGGGGUUGGCAAGAGUACUCUAUUAUUACAGAUUGCUGCAUUAAUAUCUGAAGAACAGGGUCAAGGUAAACCAGCUCCAGUUGUGUAUGUAUCUGGGGAAGAGAGUGUUGAGCAAAUUGUAAACAGGGCUGACCGUCUAGGGAUUGAAGUGAAUGAACUCUUCUUGUAUUCAAGUACCGACAUUGAGGACAUAUUAAGGAAAAUUCAGCCUCUAUCCCCCAGUGCUCUAAUUAUUGAUUCAAUUCAGACAGUUUAUUUAGAAGGGGUUGCCGGAAGUGCUGGAGGACUAUCUCAGGUUAAGGAAUGCACAUCAGCUUUGCUGCGGUUUGCAAAGAGAACAAGAAUACCAGUUCUUUUGAUUGGACAUGUGAACAAAUCUGGAGAUAUAGCAGGGCCUCGGGUCUUGGAGCACAUUGUUGAUGUGGUUUUAUAUUUGGAAGGAGAAAAGCAGUCAACUCAUCGCUUACUUCGACCUGUGAAGAAUCGCUUUGGGUCCACUGACGAGCUAGGAGUAUUUGAAAUGUCACAAUUGGGUUUGGAAACUGUCUCAAAUCCUAGUGAGAUAUUCUUAGGUGAGCAGUAUGCUCGUUCAGAAAUUUUGGCUGGAGUUGCUGUUGCUGUAAUAAUGGAUGGAUCUCGUAGUUUCCUUAUUGAAAUCCAGGCAUUAUGUGCAUCUGGCUCAUCAGUUUUAAGGACCGUUAAUGGGAUCCAAGCUAGCAGAGCUGAAAUGAUAAUUACAGUUCUUAAGAAGCAAGCUGGAUUAAUGCUCCAAGAUCAUGGUGUCUUUUUAAAUGUUACUAGCGGGGUGACACUGACAGAGACUGCUGGGGAUCUUGCAAUAGCAGCUGCAAUUUGCAGUAGUUUCUUGGAGCAUCCUAUUCCCAAUAAUGUUGCAUUCAUUGGAGAAAUUGGCCUCGGUGGGGAGCUUCGCACGGUAAUCAUGUACCCAGAAUGGAGAAAAGAGUAAAUACAGUUGCAAAACUGGGAUAUGAAAUGUGUAUUGUUCCCAAAUCAGCUGAAAAGUUUCUAUCAAAUCAAGGUUUUGAGAGGAUAAAAAUCAUUGGCUGUGCUAAUCUGAGGCAAGUUAUCAACAUUGUUUUCACAGGAAACGGAUGAAAUUUGAAAUCUUUUAUCGGAUAGGUGAAGAGAGGCAUUCUGGGGCCCGUAUGUAUUCCAUUUUAGAGCUUAUUGUAAAUAUAGAACCAUUACAUUUUUGUUCAUGGCAGUCUAGGCUUCUUUUGUAAUCGUGAAAUUUUGCGACAUAAAAUAUAUAUCAUGAUUACGUUCAUCCCUAA